AUUUUCUGGAGAAUUUUCGUCCUAAAUUUCUUAAUGGCUGAAAAACUUGAUUCAAUGGGGAAAGUAAAGCGUUCCGCGUGGGCAGAUAACAGAGACCUUAUAAUUGCCACGAUUCUAGACCCACGCUUUAAGCUUGUUUAUUUGGAGGCAAAUAGAAUAGAGGAAUAUAAAAUUUGGUUAAUUGCUGAAGCAGAAAAAUUAGUCCAACUUGAGGCACGUCGUUCAGGAGAGUCAGUUCAACCAGUACAAUUGGAAGAGUCGAUUAACGAUAUUUUUGAUGAAUAUGAAAAAGAGAUUCGAACCGAAUUAAUUAUUGAUUCUCCUUUGCCAUCACCCUCUGAGCUUAAUGCCCGUCAGAAAGCUGAAGUUGAGGUAGUUGAAUAUCUGCAUGCAACAAAAUUGUCAGUUGGAAGUGAUCCUUUUAUUUAUUGGACAGGCGAAAACGCAAUAAAGUGGCCACUACUUGCAACUCUAGCAAAUAAAUAUUUUUCUGCGCCAGCAACAUCGAGUGAGAGCGAACGUUUGUUUUCAACGGCAGGCCAAAUUGUUAGCAAUUUAAGAAAACGAUUACUUCCCGAAAAUAUUGAGAAAUUGCUAUUUUUACACCAUAAUUUAAAAAUUUAUAAUUUCUGUUACGAAUAA